CAAUUUCCAGACGUAAAUAAGUGUCAUCCUUUGAGUGGCCUUUUUUUACAAUUUCAAUAAAAUUUAGGGUUUUACCCAUCCAUCCAUCCAUCUCUCUCACGCAACGCAACCAUAUGGUAAGCUUCUUCCAGUUUCUGGUAAGGUCUCACAAUCUCAUCUUUAAAUUCCACCUUCCUUGAAUCGACUUUUCUCUUUCAUUUUCAUUUAAUGAUAGUUUCGUUUUAGAUACUAGUUCCUUAGAUUAUUAUACAAGGGAAAAAGCCCUAGAAAUUUAGGAAUUGGGAAUCAUGGAUCAAAACGAGGGCCAUGGCGGUGGAGAUGCGAACGAGCAAUUCAAUCGGAACGAAGCAAUCUCCGCCGUCGUCGACGAGGGUUUCUUGGGGGAAGACGAUGAUGAUUAUGAGGAUCUUUACAACGAUGUUAAUGUCGGUGAGGGUUUUCUUCAAACUCUUCGGAAGAAUGAUGAUGUAGGGUUUAGCAAUGAGGAAGAAGUUGAAAAGAAGAAAGUGGAACCACUCCCUCAGCCGGUGCAUCGUCCACAACCUUUGGAUGAUCUCGCCGGUGGUGGCGAGACCAAGUUUGAGAACAAUGAUGCUGUUUCUAGUAGAGUAGAGACAAAUUCGAAUGUAAAUGAGAUGGCAGGAAGGGGAUCUGGUGGACCAGUAGGGGGUGGACUUAGAGUUGAAUUAGGGCAAGCUAAAGUAGGUGAAGUAGAAACUCGAACUCUGGAUAACAACAACAACAACAAUAACAACAGCAUGCCAAACCUAGGUGCAGGACAACAACAGCCUCAUCAUGUUCUAACUGUAGGGAAUACAGUAAACAUGGCGAAUUUAAGCAAUGCUGGAGACGAUGGUUUAGCUAGACAACCCAAUGCUUUUGGUAACGGUGGUGGUGGUGGCAUGAACAUGGCCGGAGGUGGUGCUGCUGUUGGAGGAGGCGGUGGUGGAGGUACAAUCCUUUUCGUGGGAGAUUUACAUUGGUGGACAACAGACUCAGAGCUUGAAUCAGAACUUUGCAAGUAUGGCCAUGUGAAGGAGGUGAAGUUCUUUGAUGAAAAAGCUAGUGGAAAAUCAAAAGGGUAUUGCCAAGUUGAAUUCUUUGAUCCUUCAGCAGCCACAGCUUGUAAGGAAGGAAUGAAUGGACAUGUCUUCAAUGGUCGACCCUGUGUUGUUGCAUAUGCUUCACCAUACAGUGUCAAAAGAAUGGGAGAAGCACAGGUCAACCGAACUCAACAGAUGACCCAGUCAUCCGUGGGUCAACCAAAAAGAGGUCCCGGAGAUGCUCCGGUCAAACCAGGCGGCAACACCAUGGUUUCCGGUGGGAAUUUCCAAGGAAACACUGGAGGUGAUAACAACAACAACAACAACAGAGGAUUUGGAAGAGGAAAUUGGGGUAGAGGAAAUGGUCAAGGGAUGGCGGGGCGUGGGCCCGGUGGACGAGGCGGAAUGGGCGGGCGUGGGAUAAUGGGCGGGAGAGGAAACGGGUUCGGCCCACCACCAAUGAUGCAUCCGCAAUCCAUGAUGGGGCAAGGUUUCGACCCGUCUUUCGGAGGCCCAAUGGGCCGAAUGGGUGGCUACGGUGGUUUCCCUGGCGGCCCAACACCUCCGUUUUCCAACAUGCUCCCUUCCUUCCCGCCCGUUGGCGGCUUACCUGGACUGGCCCCACAUGUGAACCCAGCCUUUUUCAAUAGAGGGAUGCCGAUGAAUGGAAUGGGUAUGAUGCCAGGUGGGGUUGAUGGUGGGCCGAAUAUGGGGAUGUGGGGAGAUCCUAACAUGGGUUGGGGUGGUGAUGAACAUGGUGGAAGAGUAGGUGAAUCUAGCUAUGGAGAAGAAGCCAUGUCUGAUCAACAAUAUGGUGAAGGAAGUGAAAGAGGAAAUUGGCAAAAUGUAGCAAAAGAAAAAGAUUGGUCCGGGACUUCAGAUAGAAGACCCAGAGAUGACAGAGAACAACCCGGGUCUGGGUAUGACCCGCCAAGGGAAAAAGAUGUGGUUCAUGAAGAUGAAUGGCCUGAAAGAAAACACAGAGAAGAGAGAGAAAGUGGAAGAGGUGACCGGGAACGGGAACGUGACCGUGACCGUGACCGGGAACGUUCUCGUGACCGGGAUCGGGAACGUGGUAGGGACCACCGCCAUAGAGAUGAAAGGGAAAGGGAAAGAGAAAGGGAGAGAUAUGGUGAUCAUCAUAGGUAUAGGGAUGCUGACGUGGAAUAUGAUGAUGAGUGGGACCGGGGGAGGUCAAACCGGGGACAUGGAAAGUCAAGAAUGUCUCAAGAAGACGAACAUCGGUCAAGAUCUCGGGAUGCUGAUUAUGGGAAGAGGCGGCGUGUGACUGCAGAAUGACAGUCUCUGGUGGUGGUUGAUUUUAUAAUGAAUUAUAUCAAGAAAGAAAUCAUGAAAAACUCAAGCUUCUGUAAUUGUCGUUUUAUUGCACUCAAGUUGAUGAACAUGGUCUUGUUUGGAAACUGGAAAGGUGUUGAGAGUGGAAGCUUGAGGAGGAAAUAGAAAGUGGAAGAACAUUGUUUGGUGUUUAGUUAUAUUAGAGAGUUUGUUUGGAAGUGGAAGUAUUAUUAUGUGUACUUGAAACUAUGUUGUGGCCGAUUAACUUAGACUUUACUUUACUUUACUACUACUGUUGUUUGAAUGUGAGAUGAUGUAUUAGGAUU